CGAUUUGUUCAGUCAUCAACAGCAUUCGUGACUGGCAACGUCGCCAACUCGUGUGAGACUCGAAUGGGAGAAAUUCGAGAUUCGGUGAAUCGGUGUAUCGAGAAUCGGAGAAUCGAGUAUCGGGCCAGCCGAGAAUCGAACUUAGGGAAUUUUUGUAACACAAGAUUGAAUGAAAAAAAAAAACAACACACACCUGAGUGUGUCUGAGUGUGAGAAUGUGUGAGAAAGUGUGUGUGUGUGAGGGAUAUACUAUAUCUAUAUAGUCCCAAAAAUAUAAACAUCAUUCGAAAGUCGAAAACAAAUUCCAGCCAGGACGAGAUAUCACUUUUAAAACACUAUAUUUUUUUCGAGUGAUUUUCUAAAAAAAAAUAUAUACACAUACAUAUACAUAUAUAUUUGUUUUCAAAUAAGAAAAUGUGCGCGUGUAUGAGUGUCAAGUGUAAUCAACAACAACAACAGCAGCAAACGCGCCAGCAUCAGCAACAACAACAACAACAACACGAAACAUGUGCAAAAUAAUCUGCAACAUCAGCUGCAACACUCUCUUACAACGGCAACAAUAAUGGCCUGAAAAAUAAAAAAAAAAAAAAACGAAACAAAAUCCAAAAUUAAAAUCCAAAUAAAAAAAACAACAACAAACAACAUCAAGUCAUCUGCAACACACAACAUUAGCAACAACAACAAGCAACAUCUGUAACAAUCUCUCAACCUCUUGACCCUUUCUCAACUCUCGAAAGUGACCAAAAAAAGUGACCGACUACCGACCGGCCCGACCCAGCUUCCAUCACGAAUCAAAAAUUGGCUUAUUUUUAAAUGAAUAAUUUUAUGAAUUUUUUUGAGCACGUAAAAUAACAAUAACAACAAAACAAACAAACAAAACAUAAUAUUUAUACAUAAAUAGGGUGUAAUUGUGAUGUGACAAGAAACAAAAGAACAAACUUUACUAAAAAAACCCAAAACUAACAGAAAAGAACUAUUUCGGGGGUCACCAAAUGUCAGGCCAAAUGCAACUAUCAACAACAACAACAACAUCAUCAGAAGCAAAUAUCUGAAAACCGAUAUCGAACUAUAGUCCCCCCGUGAAACUAUAUUCACUUGAAAGCCCACGAAUGCAGCCAACAUUGCCACAAGCCGCUGGGACAGCCGAUAUGGAUCUGACGGCUGUUCAAUCAAUCAACGAUUGGUUUUUCAAAAAGGAGCAAAUUUAUUUAUUGGCACAAUUUUGGCAACAGCGCGCUACCCUGGCCGAGAAGGAAGUCAAUACCCUGAAGGAGCAGCUAUCCACCGGCAACAGUGAUACCCUCACCACCACCACCACCAACAACAACAACAACAACACAAGCACCGAUAACAGCGAUACACCAGCAGUAGGAGCAGGAUCUACCACAAUUAAAAACGAGGAAGAACAGGCAGGAAUCUUGGAGAGCCUGGAGCAUAUAACGCUGCAACAGCAGCAACAACAACAACAACAACAACAACAACAACAGCAGCAGCAUCUCAACGGCGGCAGCCUGCUGGCGAACGCGGCGGCGAGUGCCAAUACGCCGUCGCCCUCGCCGCCGUUGCUCACCGCCGAGCAGCAGCAGCAGUUGCAGAGCAGCCUGCAGCAGGGCGGCGGCUGCCUUAAUCCAAAGCUCUUCUUCAGCCACGCCCAACAGAUGAUGAUGGAGGCGGCAGCAGCGGCGGCGGCAGCAGCAGCAGCCCUCCAGCAACAGCAACAGCAGGAGGAGGAGUCCGACCAUGUGACGACCGAUCAGGUGACCCGCACAGGAGCCUCUGAGGUGGCGACAGCCAGCAGUAACCUUAAUCAUAGCACAGCCCAGGAGGACGAUGACGAUGACGACGAGGAGGAGGGCGAGGAGGAUGAGGCCGAGGACGAGGUGGAGGAUGAGGAGGAGGACAAUGCCUCGAUGCAGUCGAAUGCCGAUGACAUGGAGUUGGACGGAACGGGAGCCGGGGCCGAGACGGUCGCCCCCAGAACUGAGCCAAGAACUGAGCAGGUGGAGGCGGAGGAGCUGGUACCGGACAAGGAGGCGGCGGCGGCGGAGGCUAGCCUACCCAUUACCGUUAGCAAUAAUCACACCAGCGACAGCAGGAGCGAGGAUGCCACCGAGGAGCAACAGCAGCAGCAGCGGAUGGCGGGUGCCGAGGAUGAGGAUGAUUGCGCCAACAACAACAACAACAACAACAAUACCAAUUCCACCAGCAACAACAACAACAGCACCACCAGCACUGCCACCACUCCUGGCAAUGCCAACAACACUAAUACCAACAACAACAACAACAACAACAGUAGCAGCAAUAACAACAACAACAACAACAACAGUGGCAACAGCGAGAAGCGCAAGAAGAAGAAUAACAACAACAACAACGGCCAACCCGCCGUCCUAUUGGCCGCCAAAGAUAAAGAGAUUAAGGCCCUGCUGGAUGAACUGCAGCGCCUGAGGGCUCUGGAACAGACCCACCUUGUGCAGAUCCAACGCCUCGAAGGACAUUUGGAGGUGAAACGGCAGCACAUCAUUCGACUGGAGGCCCGGCUCGACAAGCACCAGAUCAAUGAGGCUCUAGCCGAGGCCACCGCUUUGGCAGCAGCCACCAACAACAACAAUAACAUUAGCCAGAGCAGCGACAACAACAACAAGCUGCCACACGACUCUGCUGCAGAAUCGGAGCCGGCCGUUGUUGAGGAUGAGGAGGAAGAGGAGCCGGAUCAGGCCAUGCUAGUGGAUGGUGAGGAGCAGGAGGAGAACGAUGACCACGACCACGACCACGAUCACGACGACAAGGAGGAGAAGGAGGAGGAGGAGCUGGAGGAGGCCGCUGCCGAACAACGAAACGACCCAUCCACCAACGAUGGCAACGAGCUCAAAAUCAAAAAGGAACAGCACAGUCCGCUGGAUCUGAAUGUGCUCAGUCCACAGUCGACGAUCGCUGCUGCUGCCGCGGCCGCAGCUGCCGCCGCCUGCGCCAACGAUCCCAACAAGUUCCAGGCCCUGCUCAUGGAGCGGACCAAGGCCCUGGCCGCUGAGGCGCUAAAGAACGGUACCGUUGACACCGCCGCCAACGAAGAUGGAAGCAGCCACUCGCAGCCGCAUCCUCAGCCCCCGCACCAUCAUGCCCAGCACCCGCAACACUCACAGCACCCCCAUCCGGCCGCCAGCCAGCCGAAUCCCGCGGAGAAUCAUCACCACCACCUGCACCUGCUCCAUCCCUCGGCCGCUGCGGCGCACCACCUACAGCAGCAGCAGCACCACCACCACCACCAGCAGCAGGACGGAAGCUCCAGCUCGAGCGCCACCAGCACCCCGGCCAGCAACGGUGCCAAGGCGGCCCAGAUGCUUCAGGAUCCGGAGUCGGCCGCCGCUACCGCCACCGCCAAUGGGCUGGCCGCUGCCGCCAUGGCCGCCCAUGCCCACGCCGGCUUCCUGCCUGGCCUCUCACCGGCCUUCCAGUUUGCGGCUGCCGCUGCUGCUGGACAGGAUGCCCGUGGCCAUUACCGGUUCGCCGAUGCGGAGCUGCAACUGCCACCGGGCGCCUCGAUGGCCGGCCGGCUGGGCGAAUCCCUCAUCCCCAAGGGCGAUCCGAUGGAGGCCAAGCUGCAGGAGAUGCUGCGCUACAACAUGGACAAGUACGCCAACCAGGCCCUGGACACCCUACACAUCUCGCGCCGCGUCCGUGAACUCCUCUCCGUGCACAACAUUGGCCAGCGGCUGUUCGCCAAGUACAUCCUGGGCCUAUCGCAGGGCACCGUCUCGGAGCUCCUCAGCAAACCGAAGCCCUGGGACAAGCUAACCGAGAAGGGUCGAGACAGCUACCGGAAGAUGCAUGCCUGGGCCUGUGAUGAUAAUGCCGUCAUGCUGCUCAAGUCGCUGAUACCCAAGAAAGACUCUGGCCUUCCCCAGUACGCCGGCCGAGGCCCCGGCGGCGGAGGCGACGACUCCAUGUCCGAGGACCGCAUUGCCCACAUCCUGAGUGAGGCCUCCUCGCUGAUGAAGCAGUCCAGUGCCGCCCAGCAGCAGCGCGAUCACGGACGCGAGGACUCCCACAGCAACGAGGACAGCAAGUCACCGCUCCAGAGCUGCACCUCGCCCUUCUUCAAGGUGGAGCAGCAGCUGAAGCAGCAGCACCUCACUCCAGAGCAGGCCCAGCAGCAGCGGGAGCGUGAACGCGAAAGGGAGCGCGAGCGGGAACAGCAGCAGCGCCUGCGGCACGAGGAUCUCGCCCAGGACAAGAUGGCUCGGCUCUACCAGGAGCUUAUUGCCCGCACUCCCCGUGAGACGGGUUUCCCCAGCUUCCUGCUGUCGCCCUUCUUCGGAGGAGCAGCCGGCAUGCCAGGAGCAGCUGCCAACGCCUUCCCCGCCGCCAUGGCCGCCGACGAGAACAUGCGGCACGCCUUCGAGCGGGAGAUCGCCAAGCUACAGCAGGCACAGCAGCAGCAGGCCCAGCAGCAGCAGCAGCAGUUCCCCAACUUCUCCAGCCUGAUGGCCCUGCAGCAGCAGGUGCUCAACGGCGCCCAGGAUCUCUCCCUGGCCGCCAAGGAGAUCAAGCUGAAUGGUCAGCGAUCCUCGCUGGAGCACAGUGCCGGCAGCAGCAGCUGCUCCAAGGAUGGCGAACGCGAAGACAACUACGCCGCAUCCCUGCACGGCCUCAAGUCGGAAGGAGGCGGCACACCAGCUCCGCCCUCGGUGGGACAGCCUCCGUUGACGUCCUCUGGUGGACCCGGAGCCGGUGGAGCUUCCGGCGGUGCCGGUAGCAACUCGGCUGCCCCCAGUCCGCUGAGCAACUCCAUCCUGCCACCGGCGCUGAGCAGCCAGGGCGAGGAGUUUACCGCCACAGCCAGCCCGCUCCAGAGGAUGGCCUCGAUCACGAACUCUCUGAUCACCCAGCCCCCGGUGACGCCCCACCACAGCACGCCCCAGCGGCCGACCAAGGCGGUCCUGCCGCCAAUCACCCAGCAGCAGUUCGACAUGUUCAACAACCUCAACACGGAGGACAUCGUGCGGCGGGUGAAGGAGGCCCUCUCCCAGUACUCGAUAUCGCAGCGGCUCUUCGGCGAGUCCGUGCUGGGCCUUUCGCAGGGAUCCGUCUCGGACCUGCUGGCCCGGCCCAAGCCCUGGCACAUGCUGACCCAGAAGGGGCGCGAACCCUUCAUCCGCAUGAAGAUGUUCCUGGAGGACGAGAACGCGGUGCACAAGCUGGUGGCCAGCCAGUACAAGAUCGCCCCCGAGAAGCUGAUGCGCACCGGCAGCUACAGCGGCAGCCCCCAGAUGCCGCAGGGCUUCGCCUCCAAGAUGCAGGCCGCCUCGCUGCCCAUGCAGAAGAUGAUGAGCGAGCUGAAGCUGAAGCCGGAGGGCCAGCAGCACCUCAUGCAGCAGAUGCAGGCGGCCGCCAUGUCAGCAGCCAUGCAGCAGCAGGCGGCGGUGGCCCAGCAGCAGCAGGUGGCGGUCGCAGCCGCCGCCCAGCAACAGCAACAGCAGCUCCAGCACCAGCACCUCCAGCAGCAGCACCUUCAGCAGCAGGCUGCGGUGGCGGCAGCGGCUGUGGCUGGCCAGCACCCGCACCACACAGCGGCGGCAGCGUUGCACCACCAGAGCAUGCUCCUGACCUCGCCGGGUCUUCCGCCCCAGCACGCCAUCAGCUUGCCGCCCGGCGGAGGCAAUGCCAGCGGCGCCGGUUCCGGUUCUGGAGUGGCUCCCGGAGGAGCACCCAGCGCAAACAAUGCCAGUCCCGCCGGUGGCGGUAGCGCCGAGAAGAAGCCCAUGCUGAUGCCCGUCCAUGGUGCGAAUGCCAUGCGAAGCCUCCACCAGCACAUGUCGCCCACCGUCUACGAAAUGGCCGCCCUCACCCAGGACCUGGACACCCACGACAUCACCACCAAGAUCAAGGAGGCCCUGCUGGCCAACAACAUCGGCCAGAAGAUAUUCGGCGAGGCGGUCCUCGGACUCUCGCAGGGCUCCGUCUCGGAGCUGCUGAGCAAGCCGAAGCCCUGGCACAUGCUCUCGAUCAAGGGCCGGGAGCCCUUCAUCCGGAUGCAGCUCUGGCUCAGCGAUGCCAACAACGUGGAGCGGCUGCAGCUGAUCAAGAACGAGCGGCGCGAGGCCUCCAAGCGGCGGAGGAGCACCGGUCCCAAUCAGCAGGACAAUAGCAGUGACACCUCCAGCAACGACACCAACGACUUCUACACCAGCAGCCCCGGACCCGGAUCCGUGGGCAGCGGCGUGGGCGGUGCCCCGCCCAGCAAGAAGCAGCGCGUCCUCUUCUCCGAGGAGCAGAAGGAGGCUCUGCGCCUGGCCUUUGCACUCGACCCGUAUCCCAACGUGGGCACCAUCGAGUUCCUGGCGAACGAGCUCGGCCUGGCCACCCGGACGAUCACCAACUGGUUCCACAACCACCGCAUGCGCUUGAAGCAGCAGGUGCCGCAUGGCCAGCCCGGCCAGGACAACCCCAUUCCCAGCCGCGAGAGCACCAGUGCCACGCCCUUCGAUCCCGUCCAGUUCCGCAUCCUGCUGCAGCAGCGCCUCGUCGAGCUGCACAAGGAGCGCAUGGGCCUGAGCGGCGCCCCGAUCCCCUAUCCGCCGUACUUUGCCGCCGCCGCCCUGCUGGGCCGCAGCCUGGGGAUUCCCGGAGCCGCGGCAGCUGCCGGAGCAGCGGCUGCAGCAGCGGCAGUGGGUGCCGCCGGCUCGGGCGGAGCCGAUGAGCUGCAGGCCCUGAACCAGGCCUUCAAGGAGCAGAUGAGCGGCCUGGACCUCUCCAUGCCCAGCCUGAAGCGCGAGCGCAGCGGCGACUACCAGGACGACAUGGAGCACAACCUGAGCGACAACGAGAGCCUGGAGGGCUCCGGCGGCCAGGACGGCGACCUGGACAAGACCGGGGGCAGCACCGACUACGAGAAGGUCCUCCACAAGUCCGCCCUCGCCUCGGCAGCGGCGGCCGCCGCCUACAUGUCGAAUGCGGUUAGGAGCUCCCGCCGCAAGCCUGCAGCGCCCCAGUGGGUGAAUCCCGCCGGUGCCGGAGGACCGGCCGCCAAUCCCGUGGUGGCCGCCGCCGUAGCAGCAGCCGCCGCAGCAGCAGCGGCCGCCGAGGGCGAGCGGAUCAUCAACGGGGUGUGCGUGAUGCAGCCCUCGGAGUACGGAGUGCGUGGUGAGGAGAGCGAGGGCAAGGGUGGCGAAGACUCCUCCAUGGGGGGUGGCGAUGCCGAGCUGGAGAUCGACCAGAGCUUCAUGGAGCCGGAGGUGAGCAUCAAACAGGAGGAGGACGACGACGAGGAGGAGGAGCCGGCCCAGGCGCAUCCCCUCCUGGAGGGCACCGCCGAGGAGGCCGCCGAGCAGAAGCUCAAGGUCGUCAACGAGGAGAAGCUGCGCAUGGUGCGUGUCCGCCGCCUCAGCAGCAACACCGAGGAGUCCGCCGUGGGAGACUCAGCCAGUGGCGCCUCCAAUCCCGCCGCCUGUUCCCCGCCAGCCGGUAACGGCAGUGGAGCUGGAGUCGGAGCCGGGGCUGGCUGGACCUAUUAGGAACAGCGAACAGUGCAAUGAGCGUUUACUUGUGAUUAAGUUUGAUUGAUCAGAACAUACCCCCCCUAGACACCCCCACACCCAUACCAACACACACACAUACAUAUAUAUAUAUAUAUAU